AUUUCUUCAAAACAUUCUCUUUGUGAACUGUCUUGUACAACAUAAUUGUGAAACAUGGAUUAUUCAAUAACACAAACGAAAUGGGUAAAAUUUGGAGAAAUUCGUGAUUUCGUGUUCGUUGGAAAAGAUAUCCUUGCAACAGCUUCAGGUUUGCACGUUCGUUUUUUCAACAUGAACACAAGGGAAAAUAAAAUAGAAAUUUUCAACGAUCAGACUAGAGGCUUCGGCGUAUCAAUUUUAUCAGGACAUCCGACUGUGCCGGUAUUCUCCGUGGCAGAUAAACACUCUAAUCCUACCAUUAGAGUAUUCACUUAUCCAAGAAUUCAUAAAAUAUCAUCCUGUACAAACGCGGAAAAAUCGAACGGGUAUUUAUCAUGUACCUUUGCUGGUACUGAUUAUCUUUUAGGAUUGACAAGUUUUCCAAAUUUUCAACUUGUUCUUUGGCUAUGGCAAACUGGAGAUAAAUUAUUUGUAAUAAAUACCGAACUGAAAGACCUUAUUCAAACGAUCGCAUGUUCGCCAUUUUCGCCUCACGCAAUAGUGCAAUUUGCCUUAAUCACUGGCAAGCUCGUUGUUUAUCAAAUGUGCGUGUGUUCGAAGAUCGUUACCUUAUACCCGAUCAAAAUCAAAUCUCAGGAAAAUAAAUUAACGUCCGUUUGCUGGACAAUUGAUGGUAAUCUAUUGUUCUCUGAUGAAUUUUGCAAAGUCUGGUCGAUGAGUGCUGAUGGUAGCAAUCAGAACAUUCUCAUAGAAGGAAAUUCAAAAUCAAAACCGCUGAAGAAUCGUUUACCUUUCAUCGUUACUUUUAAAGAUGGUCUACUUCUCGUGAAUACUCUACUAAAUGAAAUAGCAGAACACUCGCUUCCUCUUCGAGCAAAAUCACAUAAUCAAAGGGACAGUGUAUUGGUUUAUGAUGAGUGUGGACGAAUAACGGAGAUUAGUGUUCUAAACGAUCAUGUUCCACGUUUAGAAAUACUUUAUACGGAUGACGUUAAAUACAAAGAACUUUUAGCGAUAGCAUCACGAUCAACUUAUUUCGCAGCUAUUGAUGAAUUUCAAUAUUUAAACAUUAUUGAUACCUCAGCAGGAAAGAUUGAGACUAAGCUCGCCUUGAAAUUACACGGUCAAGUUGUUUGUGCAAAAGCACAUCCCAAACUGCCGAUCAUUUUCACUAGCAGUAUUACUGGAAAUUGUUUGUUUAUUGAUGUCUUCACGAAUACACCGAAAAUUUUAACAUGUUUCCACCUGCAUAAAAUGUCUUUAGAUAAAAUGACAUUUUCUAGUGAAGGAAAAUUCUUAGGAGUCGCAAAUUCUCGUGAUGGACGAAAUAAAUUGAUAUUAUACGUGUGUAAACUUAGAGACAAUCUCGAAAAGAAAAUAGAAUGUGUAAUAGACCUAUUAAAUUCAUUUAAAUCUCUACAGUAUGGUCCAAAAAGAAACAUAGAUAUUAUAGGUAUACCAUACUUGUCUAAACAAUUACAUCGAAUGGAAAUAAAGAAUGAUUUUAACGAUGUCACUCUCACAGAAGCAUUACCAACGAUGCAUGAAUUAAAAAAUAUUGAAGUAGACAUAAAUUGUGAUAGUCUUAUAACUUUCGGAUACGAUGGUCUAAUCGUCAUAAGAAAUAGUACAAAUCUUCGUAUGAUCUAUGGUAUUUUUAUGGCUCAUCAUCGAAAGGAAAACGGUAUCAGAUCAGCAAAAAUAAUUAGCGAGACGAUUAUAUCGCUCGGAAAAAACGGCGAUCUAAUAGCCAACAAAUUAUGUCGUCGUUACGUGCAAUUAGAGACAAUCUCGAUCAACGCUGAUUCACGAUUCUUCAAUUCGUUCAAUUUUAUUUUCGAAUCUAACAAAUUAAACGAAGAAAUGUCUACUCGACAUACAAUUUUCUUGGAAUUGAAUAAACUAAAAAGCAAAAUUAAACAAUUGCUUGAUUUAAACGAAAGAGAAACGAUUCUUACACGUUUGCCGAUUUCGUCAUAUGAUUUGGAUGAGGAGUAUAGAAGGUAUCGAAUUAAAAGGGCUGAUUUAGAACGAAAAGAAUUGAAACGACGUUACGAGGAAGAAAUCGAAGCACGAAAUAAAGUUUGUCAAUAUUUGAGACAAAUAUUUUGGGAUCCUGAACGCGUUCAUGCUUGCUGUCUUAAAUCAAUAUUUGGUGAAAUCAUUGUUGAAAAUUAUCCUUUAAGUAUAAUCAACGUCGAAAUAGAUGAUUUUCGAAUGUCCGAAGGAUACUCGAUGGAAAUUCUUGAUAUCGUUUCCAGGUUAAAAGAAUACAAAAGUUCCGAAAGUAUUGUUUCAAAUAAAGAAGAUGUGAAUAGUUUUAAAGAGGAAAGAAGAGAAAAAAACACGAAACAGGAAACCAACUCAAUAGAUCGAUAUUACGAAUCGGCAACGAAUGACGAAAGAUUACUCUUAUCGGGAACAAGUACUCAUAAUUGGAUUAAUAACGAGACACUUAACUUAACUCACCAGCUAAAACGAUCGCAAGAUUUAUUACUUAAUGGAUUCAAUAAAAGUAGUUUUUUUAGAAAUCGGGAAUAUUUGUUGAUGAAUCAUUUCAACGAAUGUUUUAAUAAAAUGAGAUUAUUGAAGGAACGAAAAAUGGAAAUAGGGAGAGAACACGAAGAGAAAUUAAAACAUUAUACCUCCGAGAUAAACGUUAUGUUCGAAAAAAAGUGCACGAUCGAAUCUGUGACAUUACCAGUCUGGCAUCAUUCCGAAAUACCCGAUUAUGUCAUUACAAUUGAGGACAAGGCUAUACCUUACAUUCAUCUAAGGAAAGAAUCUUCUAACGAUAAGUAUCAAAAUAUCAAUGAGUACAAUUUACAAUUGUAUUCGAAAGAUUAUGAUCUGUACAAGGAAGCUCUUGAAAGGAUGAUGUAUGGUGUCUUAGAACUUAGGUGGGAGGAUGAGAUAAAAAACGAUAUUCCCAAACCUGCUUGUCUGGUAAAAAAUAAGUCACCCUCAAAAUAUACUUCAAAAGAUAUAAAAGCCUUAGAAUCGUAUAAAAAUAAAAUGGAACGUUUGCAAUCAGAGCGGAAAAAGUAUCGAUCGAUUUUGGAAGCUGAAAGGAUAAAAAUAAAUGAUAAAAUAAGAAAAUGCUUUAUGUCAUUUGAUGAAAAACUGAAGAAUUUCAAAAGGAAAAAGAUUGCUAUAGAUUCCUCGAUUCUCCAAGAAAAACUCCUAAGACUUUAUGAGAUGCAAAGAAUUCAUCAUAUACGCGACGAAGUUUUUCAAAUCACUCAUUUCAAAGAGAAUACAAUUGCGAAAGACGCAGAAAAAGUGCAAAAACACGCGCAAGAUUGUUUAACUUUUGAAACGAUUGUUAAGGAGUUGAAAAAUCGAUAUGAAAAUCUGAUUAAGCGUGAGAAAGCCCUCGAAGGAAAGUUUCAUGCUGAAUUUGUUGACCUUAAGCAACUAAUAAUCGAACAUUUGUUAAGGCAUUACAAAAAAAGACCGAGGAUCGGUUAUCUUACGUGCACAUCUAUAACGUACCUAACGGAAUUAGGAAAGUGUGUCAUCGGGAACAACAAAUCCGAAAUAUUACCGAUUGAAUGUUCAAAUUUUCUUCGAAAUCUUCAGUCUCUUGAUUCGAUACCAGAAAAUGUCUCUACGUUUAUAGAUGAUGCUCAUUGGAGAACAAUGUGUAGAUUAAGAAGAUUAAAAAUCGAGAUCGAGAUAAAGGUCAGAUGCUGUAUCGUGGAAUUAGCCGAAGGCGAAGAAACUUUGAUCUUCUAUCAAAAAAACAAACAAGCUGCGCAAAACAAGUUUAACAGAUCAAAAGCGGAGUUGGAUAAAAGAGAAAAAGAAUUUGAUCGAUAUGUCGAGGAUAAGGAGAUACAGCUUGUAAUGAAGAUGGGACAAGUUGAGGUACCACUUCGAGGUCAAGGUUUUCAAGAUUUCACGGACGUCGUGUUGAUAUCACGACAAGCAUUCCUCUCAACGAAUGAACAAAUCGAAAAAGCAGAUAACCAAAAAUUCACAGCUAUGAAGGAGUCCGUCGAUUUACGAAAGAAAAUAUCUCAUGAAAAAUGGCGACACGAGUAUUUAUGGCACACAUUGAAAUAUCUACAAGAGGAAUUAAAAAGUCUUCGCGAAAUCAAAAUAACGAAAGACUUACAGAAAUACUUGGGGAAACUCCCGACCGCGGGAAAUCCAAGAAAUGAAUACGAAGAUAUCGAACAUAAUUCACGUGCCACGGCAGGCCGCUAUGAACAAUUACUGGAUAUCGAAAGAAACCGUCUCGAAAAAAUAACUAAGGAUAUAGAAUAUUGGCGAAUAAGGAAUAUUGAAUUGAGAAACAAAAUAGAACAUUUCAAAAUCAAAAAUCGAAAAUUGUCUUCACAAACUCUAGAGCCAUUGAGAAAGAAGAAUGAUAAAUUUCGUAGAAAUAAACUCUUUGUCAUUAUGAAAAGAACCGAACUCGAUAAGAAGAUAAAAGAAAAUUAUGACGAGCUAUUGAUGUUACAUUCGCAAUUAGAAUCAUUAAGACUUCGAAUUUAUCCGACUCUACGAUUCAAUAAAUUACAUUUUCCGUAA